UACUGAUCAACUGAGAGCAACGUGUCUGUGUUUGACAGGACUAAACUACACAGAUGGGUGACAACAUCAACAUUGGCAAAGUCUUAGACAGAGAAGGCUUUAAGUACAACUUCACAUGUUCAACUUCAACUGCAACUGCAAGUGACACCUCUGCACAAGAUGGGGUCAUCAAGGAGCAGGAUCGGUUGCUUCCAAUAGCUAAUGUGGGAAGAAUCAUGAAGCAAACUCUUCCCCCCAAUGCCAAGAUCUCAAAAGAGGCAAAAGAAACCAUGCAGGAAUGUGUGUCUGAGUUCAUCAGCUUUGUCACUGGUGAAGCUUCUGACAAGUGUCACAAGGAGAAGCGCAAAACCGUCAAUGGUGAUGAUAUUUGCUGGGCCUUGGCUACCCUAGGGUUUGAUGACUACGCUGAGCCUCUUAAAAGGUACUUGCAUAAGUAUAGGGAGUUGGAGGGGGAGAGAGCAACCCAAAAUAAGAGUAACACUUACGAAAACAACAUUGCAAACAUAUAAUUAACUCCACAAGAUAUUCAAGGUGCUUCUAUCCUUAUUUGGUAUAUAUGUAUGACGUGAGUCCUAUAUGCGUAGACGUGUUUAGACCUUAUCUUUUUUCUCUUCAGGGUUCAAAUUUCUGGGUUUGACACUAGAUCAUCACCUUGUUGCUUGAGAAUCGUGUGAGUUAUAACUAAUCUUUGUAUUUGUAUGUCCAGUAAUAAGCUUUAAUCAUUUCCAGAAUUCAUUAGCAAUACGCAUGCGUCAUAUUUACUUGUAAAUGCGAAUUUCAAGUUCUUAAUCUGGA